AUGCAUGUUUGCCUUCAUCUUCCUUUUGCUAUUGCUCUCUACUUAUCUAGCAUGGCUCUAGGGUGUACACCUUCAAGCAGGAUCUGCGGGGGUCAUUGGUUUACUUGGUUGGCCUUAUCCUAUGAGGGAGGUCGGGGAGUCGUUGAGGAUUCAGAGGAUGAUAUCGUGGAGCCGAUUCAGAAGGUGAAGCUGGAGGACAUUGUUAUGCUUGCCUUCAUGAGGCAUCAAAGGCCUAGCUAUGUUGAGCCUAGUCAACCAAAGAUGACUCUACGUUGCUGCAUAGGAGGAGCAUUACUGGAUUAUGGAUUCAGUCUCUUUGGUGGUAUGACAUCUGGGGUUGGACCAUCAACCUUUUCCUAA